AUGAAGACGAAUUGGUCGUCGUUCGUGUUGCCGAUCGGCAGGCUGAGCGAGUACAGUUCUUUGCGCAAGUUGCUCAUCGAGAAAUGGAAGAUAUACGAUGGACAGUUCGAUCGUCGUCAAGCAGCGCCGAGGUUUGUGAUAAAGCCGCAGUCCGCCUUCUGCUACGAGGGUCAGUCUGUGAAGCUGUACUGCCGCGUGGUUGCCUGCGCCACACCAACAGUCACCUGGUCCCGUAACAACCGCGAACUGCGACAAUCUGUUAAAUUUAUGAAGAGAUACUCCGGCAACGAUUACUACUUCAUAAUAAAUCGCACGAAGUUGGAAGAUCGCGGAGAAUACAUCAUCCGCGCUGAGAACCACUACGGCUUCCGCGAGGAGGUCGUCUUCCUCAACGUGCAGCGUACUGUUAUACGGGAGAGUGAAUUUGGGUUUUUAAAAAAGAAAACCCUUUUUACAUAA